CGAGCACCGAUCAGUUGUGUCUGUAUCCACGUGUCCUCACCAGGUACUGGUUCUCCUCUUCUUCCGCUCUGGUCUGCUCGCUUCCAUCCCUCAGCCAACUUCGACGACUUGAAUUUCUUCAGCAGAGUUUGUCACUUCUGUUAUUCGGACUAUCUCGUCUCAGCAAGUUCCGCACUAGCAGUGAACCAAACGAACAAUUUUUCACAUUCAUUCAAUCUUCCACUCCGCGAACUUCUUCGUCGUCCGGCAGAAAAUUUCUCGACAGUGAUCCGACCGAGUCGUGAAAGACUUUUGUCACUUUCGUCGCGUUUGCUCCAUCGAGUGUCCGAUUGACGAGGACCUAGCCCAGCCGUCUCCUGCAAGGACGACGGCCAUCAUCAGCCCACCACUCGCCGAAUCUGUGCUAACAGAUCGUCACUUGGCAGUUCUGCCAAAUUCACCUACCUGUUGAAUCAUCCGACGCAGCAAUGGCAAAGUUUUCCGCUUGUCUGCUGCUCUUGGCGCUGACUGCCCUCGUCAGCUGUUGGGCUGAACCGGAACCUGCCGGACCCAAUCCGUACAUCGUCAACGCUGAAGAAAGAACAUGGGGACAUCUCCGCUCCGGAGGAAGCGGUUACGGCUAUAGCGCACCCAAGGCUCCCAAGGCUCCUAAAGCAUCGUAUGGCGCUCCUAAAGCUCCCAAGGCUCCCAAGGCAAGCUACGGCCCACCAAAAGCCAAGGCUCCCAAGGCUCCUAAGGCAUCUUAUGGUGCCCCAAAAGCCAAGGCACCGAAGGCACCAAAGGCUUCUUAUGGCGCUCCUUUGGCUCCCGCUUAUGGAGCAGCUCCUCAGCCAGCCUACCACGCCCCACAGCCGGCCUAUCACGCUCCUCAGCCAGCCUACCCUGCACCUCAGCCAGCAUACCCCGCUCCUCAGCCAGCAUACACUGCUCCUCAACCAACUUAUGCUGCUCCACAGCCAUCGUACGCUCCUCAGCCCAGUUAUGCUGCUGCCCCUCAACCAUCUUACGAACAAGCUGGACCCAUCUACGCUCCUGAGCCAGUUUAUGCUUCUGCUCCGGCCCCGUCAUACGCUCCCGAGCCAUCGUACGCAGCACCUGCACCAGCCUACGCACCUGAGCCAUCUUAUGCUGCUCCAGCUCCGGCCUACGCCCCAGAGCCAUCGUACCCAGCACCUGCACCAGCCUAUGCCCCAGAGCCAUCUUAUCCAGCUCCAGCUCCGGCCUACGCCCCAGAGCCAUCGUACCCAGCUCCGGCUCCAGCCUAUGCCCCGGAACCAUCUUAUCCAGCUCCAGCCCCGGCUUAUGCUCCAGAGCCAGCUUACGCUGCCCCGGCCCCGGCCUACGCUCCUGAACCAUCUUACGCCCAGGCACCAGCUCCAUCAUACGCACCUGAGCCAACUUAUGCUUCAGCUCCUGCUCCAGUGUACGCACCUGAGCCAGCAUACCCGGCACCUGCCCCACAGUACGAUUCUCAACCAAUCUACGCCCCGGCACCCGCUCCAUCAUACGCCCCAGAGCCGACUUAUGCUGCCGAGCCGUCUUAUGCUCCCCAACAGCCCUCAUAUGCUCCUCAACAGCCAUCGUACGCUCCUCAACCUUCUUAUGCUCCUCAACCCCAACAAUCUUACGCUCCUCAGACGUACGCUCCUCAACCAUCUUACCAACCAGCUCCAGUUUCUUCGUACGGCGCUCCAGCAAAGGCACCAAAGGCAUCAUACGGCGCUCCAGCAAAGGCCAAGGCACCUAAAGCACCCAAGGCUUCUUACGGCGCACCCGCAAAGGCACCAAAGGCAUCGUACGGCGCUCCGGCUAAAGCUAAGGCUCCCAAAGCACCUAAAGGACAAUAUGGCGCUCCUAAGGCACAAAAGGCUCCCAAAGCACCUAAAGGACAGUACGGCGCACCCAAGGCCCCUAAGGCACCCAAGAAACCUAAAGGUACAUAUGGCGCACCCAAGGCUCCCAAGGCUCCUAAAUCUUCUUACGGCUCACCCAAGCUGCCCAAGGCACCCAAAUCGACCUACGGACCCAGCAAAUCCAAGUUCAAGUUGCCCAAGAUCAAGCUGCCCAAGAUCAACUUCAAGUCCAAGGGUAAAGGACAGAGCUACGAGGUUUUGGACCCACCCUACCCCAGCCACGGAUACGAAGAGAUCCCUCAACCUUACCCCAUCACUUUGGUUUACCAGCAACAACCGGCCUAUCACCCAGCUCCUCAACCAGCCUACUCUCAACCCCAACAGUCUUACGCUCCUCAACCGUCUUACGCCCCAGCUCCUUCUCAGCAAUCUUACGCUCCUCCCCAGCCUUCUUACGCUCCUCAACCAUCUUAUGCCCCAGCUCCUGAGCAGUCUUACGCUCCUCAACCAUCUUAUGCCCCAGCUCCUGAGCAAUCUUACGCUCCUCAACCAUCUUAUGCUCCAGCUCCUGAGCAGUCUUACGCUCCUCAACCAUCUUACGCUCCAGCUCCUGAACAGUCUUACGCUCCUGCUGCUCCUCAGCCAUCUUACCAACCUGCUCCACUCCAGACUGCUUACGGCUCAGCACCAGCUCAACAAGAGCCAACAUAUGCUCCUCAGCCUUCUUAUCCUGCCCCAGCUCCUUAUGAAGCAUCUGCCGCUCCGGCCGUUCCUUCUUACUCUGCCGCACCAGCACCAGCACCCGCUCCAGCACCCAUUCCCGAUCAGAUCUACUCUGCCGCUCCCGCACAAGACCCCGUCUACGUUCCAGCACCGUCUGCAGCCCAGUAUUCCGCUCCUGGCGCUUCCAGCUACUCUAUCGUCCCCGUUGCCCCAUCUCACGAAAACUGUGAAUCCUGCGCCACGAACCCAUGGGUACCGCUCGGCGGAACUCCCGUCUAUGGAGUUCGUCCUGAAGAUGUUCGCUCUCUGCCUUCCGCUUCUGCCCCAGCUCCAGUUGCUCCUGAAUACACUCCACCAGCUGCUCCCGAAUACUCUCCACCAGCUGCUCCCGAAUACACUCCACCAGCUGCUCCUGAAUACAACCAACCUGCUGCUCCCGAAUACGCCCCACAGGUUGCUCCCGAAUACACUCCAGAGGCAGCUCCUGAAUACACGCCACCAGCAGCUCCUGAAUAUUCGCCACCAGCUCCAGUUUCUUACUCCGCUCCUGCUGCUGUAGAAUACUCUGCUCCAGCUGCCAGCUACGACUCGCCCGUCGAGGAAUCCAUCGCCAUCAGCCAACCUUCCGACGAUGUUCCCGAGGCUGUUGCUCCAUCCAGCGACUCGUACAAUGACUUGGUUGCCGCCGCUCCUACUUACACCCCCGUCGAAGAAGCUCCUCAGCCAGCCACUCCGGAUGUUGUCCAGGAGCCCAUCCAGUCAUAUUUCAUCCCGGCCGAGCCAGUUUCCGUUCCAGCGUACGACAUUCCAGCUGUCCAGGAAGACUACCUUUUGCUGUCUCAACCUGAAACGACGUCGGCUCCUUUCAUUCCUCUGCCCGUUGACGAGCCGGCCAUCGUGACCGCUGCACCCGAGUCUUUUACCUACUCCUCUUAUAGCGUUCCCGAGGCUGCACAGGAGCCAGUAGCUGUUCCCGUUGAAGUGCCCUUCACUGUGCAACAGGAGGAAGCAGUCCAGGUCUACGAAGCUCCGGCUCCCGUAGAAGAAGCACCCCAGCAAGUGGCCGUCUUCUUUAGCGCACCCGCCCAACAGGUGGUGGCUGCUCCGGCCAUCGAAUACCUACCGCCGUCAGCUGAGACGGACGAAUCCAUUGACGUUGACAUCAGACAGAAGGAGGAGACUCCGACCGACUACCAAGACGUUGCCUACGCUGUCCCGGACCCCGUCCCAGUCCCUGCCCAACCGGAAUACGAAGCUGAAAUCCCGGUCUUCGCUGAGCCGGCCUACGGUUCACGUAUCACUCAACGCUUGCCCGAAGAAAUUCAGCCCGCUCCGUACAGACCCGAAUUGGAAGAAGAAGAAGCUCCGGCCCCAGUUGCGCCCUACAGUCCGCCCGCCUUGGUCUACGCUGUUCCUGAGCCGGAGCAGCCCGUCGUGGUCCAACAGCCCGUAGUCCCUGAAUCGCCCAUCUCCACCAUCGAUGCCGUCCGUUGGGACCAGCCGGAAGAGGAUCAGCAGGUAUUGCAGGAAUUCGUCCCCGUCGUCAGCCAGGAGGAGGAAGUCUACGUCCAGCAGCCGCAAGCCCCUACCUACGUCCAAGAGGAAGAGGCUCCCAUCCAGGAGGAUAGCCUUUUGCUCUCCGUCGGACAGGAACUCAGCCAGGAGCCGGAAUACCAGGAGCCAGUCCGCCAAGUUGAGCCGGAACUCGUUCAACUGCCAGUUUACCAAGAGCCUGUCCAGGUUCCAGAGCAGACUUUCCAGGUAGAGGAGCAGGAGGUGCCGACUGUCGAGCAGCCCGUGGAGAUCCAGCAGGAGCAGGAGGAGGAGUACGUAGAACCCGUCCAGAUCCAGCAAGCACCCGUCCAGAUUCAGCAAGAAGUCGUCCAGAUCCAGCAGGAACCCGAGCAGACGUACCAGAUCUCGCAGGAAUACCUUCCGCCCUUCCCGACUUACAAGAACGUCGAAGUUGAACCGGAAGAAGCGCCAGCCCUUCCCGAUUACGAGCCCGUAAGGAUUGUUCAACAGGAGCCGGAGAUCGUCCAAGAAUACUUCGAGCCCGUCCAGGUUGUCGUGCAGGAACCCGUGGUGAUUCCCGAGGUCGAACAAGAAUACGUCGAGCCCGUUCAGAUUGUCCAACAGCCCGAGGUCGAGCAGGAAUUGGUUGAACCAGUGCAGAUCCCCGAAUUGCCAGCCUCAAUCCAGGGUGAAGAGCCGGAGCAGUCGUACCAAGUCGAGCAGGAGAUCGAGAAGCAGCAGGAGCAGGCCAGCAGUCCGAAAUACCAGGAGCCCAUCGAUCAGCAGUUCAAUUUCCAGCAGACGAUCGAGAAUUUCGCCAAGCAACAGACGGACGAAAAUUUGGCUCCAGUCAUUUCGGCUAACAAGCAAGCAGGUAGAGGUCGCCCCAUCCGACCGCGCCCCAUCAUCUUCCAGCGGACGGAAGAAGAUUUAUUCCAGGCGGGUUUCCCCGAAGUAGCCGCACCGGAAGGUGACGACGUUCCCUUAGAGGAGCAGGCCGCCAUUCGUGAGGCCAUCUUCGAGCUCAAAAAGGAAAGUCGAUCGGGUUAAUAAAGAUGGUCCCACUUUGUUCUUAUACCUCUUCUCUAUAUCCCCCGUUACUCUUGUUAUUCCUUCACAGCUCAAUCACGCAUCAGCGGCAUUGAUUCAGACAGCUCUAUAUUAAUCAAAUCAAACCAAAACCGAUUUCAGACACAAACAAUCAGCCAGGAACAGGAAACACAAAUCGAACUCAAAUGUCUCGUUGUAACAAACAAAAAACCGUGCAACAUAUUUUCUCUCUCCGCAUUGAUUUUAUCUUUUACACCGCACAUCAGACACACACACACACACACAAAACAUUUUUUUCUGAAAAAAAUGCACAAAAACCCUUCCAGUAAGUCUUGUCGACGCAUUGUAAGGAGGACGUACUCGCCUGGUGCACGUACCGUCUGCCCAGCAUCACCCGGCCCGUGCUUCUUUUGUAAAUAGAUGAAUCCCCCCUUUUUUUUUUUAAAGUUUUCUUUCUUUAUCAUUUCCCACUUUUCUGUGAGUCCUCCUCUCCCAACUGUGUUCUUUCUGGACGACACUUCUCGUUUUCUUGCCUUGUUACUUUUUUUCAUUCAGGCCAGAAAAUGUGUUUUCUAUUUCUCUGCAUUUCUUAUUUUUGUUCUUAUUAUACUCUUGAGUGACUGCACAUGAUGAUGAUGAUGAUGUUUAACUUCCCAUUUUAUUUUAACAUGAACUCUCGCGCGGGAUAUUAUUAUGGUUUGCCCGACAGCGGCUGAAACACCAAUUCUUAUAACUUCCUUUUUUUUUUUGAAAUUUUUCUUGUUGUUGAUGUUGUUGGUUUCUUUUGGUUAUCCAAUUUUUUUUUUUUUUUUUUUUUUAAUUAUCAUUAUUUCGUAGAAAGACUUUGGGGAAAGUAGUUAAAAAAUUUUGAAAACGAGGAUGAAAAACCUGAACAAAUUUUAAGGAUAUGCUCGGAAAGUGGAUGAAACCCAAUGUUAUGUAUUAACCCGUCAGACUUCUAUUUUUUUUUUUUGGACACGAAAGCGCGUGUGAUCUGCCAUUUUUGGAACUUGGUCGAGAUCCCAACUAACUCACAUCAUCGCAUAACCAAUCAGCCAACAAACAAAACCAACAACCCCAACCAACGAGAGAUGAUAUGUGUAUGUGGUAGUCAAUGUUGCUCAACCAAGUUUGGCUAUCGUAUCGUAGAUAUUCGUCUUGAAUCUUGAUAUACCCUUCCAAAUUUCAUACCCCACUCUUUUCCACUGUUUGUUUUUUUCUUUCUAUUGUUUCAACUUAUUGCAAAACUCUUCAUCUUUUUUUUUUCUCUUUGAUAUGCUGUAUCUUCCACCCACCUUUCACGUCGAUAUACCCCCUUUUUUUAUCAUGAACCAUAAUAAAUAUAUUCGGAUUGUCCGUUUUUUUUCGAUGUCAAA